AUGCAUAUCAAGCUAGGAGCCGGGCUUCUCCAUCGUCAUGACACCCUUCAAGACGGAACUGCGAUGUUCCACGAGGUUCAAUCCCUGGAAUCUGAUAUCUGCGUCCCAAAGGCUCUUUCAAGCAUCGGCAUGGACAACAUCGCGCCGAACUCGUCGUUCGUCAACCAAAAUGGACUGUUCCAGGCAUUCGAGUAUAGCGCCAGCGGCGAGGCAACUCAAAUCGACGCAGCUUUCGCUUCAGACCUUGCCGAGUUUCUCAAAGCUCACAAUUUUUUAGAGAAACGGAUUUCAAUCAUCCCGAACCCUCCAGGCAAAGAAGACUUCAUUGAGUUCACACAUCCUAGUGGACGUGGCACCAUCAGUGUCCCUCUUCGCCUCAUCUCCGAACAAGAGAUUGAGACGAGUGAACCUGUCAUCACGGGAUGGAGUUUCCAUAUCAAUGAACAUGGGGUUGUUGAGUGCAAAGGGAAUAACGUCUGUACUUCUAUGAACUCUGGCAACCACAAAGUGUUUCAGGACUCGAAGCCCUAUACGGAGCAUGUAGUCAAGGUUACGCCGCAGUUGGAUGCUGCUGCAAAAGAGACUUAA